UUGAACCGAGGAUUUGGGCGGCAGGAAGAGCCGCGGCGUAACGGCAGCCAUCUUGUUUGUUUGAGUGAAUCGGAAAGGAGGCGGUGGCUGUUGCCGCGGCGGGAGCUGCUCCGAAGCUACACCUCACAGGGGCUUCCCCCCCCUUUCCCCGCCCCCUCCCCCGACCCUUUUCCCCUCCCCAGGCCACCCAGCCCGCCCAGCUCCCCGGCGGAGAGCAAGGUUUCCUCCUGUUUCAUAAUCAGCCGGAACAAUGUUCUACGCACAUUUUGUCCUCAGUAAGAGAGGGCCUCUGGCCAAAAUUUGGCUAGCGGCCCAUUGGGAUAAGAAGCUAACCAAAGCCCAUGUGUUUGAGUGUAAUUUAGAGAGCAGUGUGGAGAGUAUCAUCUCACCAAAGGUGAAGAUGGCACUCCGAACAUCAGGACAUCUCUUACUGGGAGUAGUUCGAAUCUAUCACAGAAAAGCCAAAUACCUCCUCGCAGACUGUAAUGAAGCAUUCAUUAAAAUAAAAAUGGCUUUUCGGCCAGGUGUUGUUGACCUGCCUGAGGAAAAUCGAGAAGCUGCUUACAAUGCUAUUACCUUACCUGAAGAAUUUCAUGACUUUGAUCAGCCACUGCCUGACUUAGAUGACAUCGAUGUGGCCCAGCAGUUCAGCCUGAACCAGAGUAGAGUGGAAGAAAUAACCAUGCGAGAAGAAGUUGGGAACAUCAGUAUUCUACAAGAAAAUGAUUUUGGUGACUUUGGAAUGGAUGAUCGUGAGAUCAUGAGAGAAGGAAGUGCUUUUGAGGAUGAUGACAUGUUAGUGAGCACUAGCGCUUCUAACCUUCUGUUAGAGCCUGAGCAGAGCACCAGCAAUCUGAACGAGAAAAUUAAUCAUUUAGAAUAUGAAGACCAAUAUAAAGAUGACAAUUUUGGAGAAGGAAAUGAUGGUGGUAUAUUAGAUGACAAGCUUAUAAGUAAUAAUGAUGGUGGUAUCUUUGACGAUCCCCCUGCCCUGUCUGAGGCAGGUGUGAUGUUGCCAGAACAGCCGGCGCAUGAUGAUAUGGACGAGGAUGAUAACGUAUCAAUGGGUGGGCCUGAUAGUCCUGAUUCAGUGGAUCCUGUUGAACCGAUGCCAACUAUGACUGAUCAGACAACACUUGUUCCAAAUGAGGAAGAAGCCUUUGCUCUGGAACCUAUUGAUAUCACUGUCAAAGAAACAAAAGCCAAGAGGAAGAGGAAGCUGAUUGUUGACAGUGUCAAAGAGUUGGAUAGUAAGACAAUUAGAGCUCAACUUAGUGAUUAUUCUGAUAUUGUUACUACUUUGGAUCUGGCACCACCCACCAAGAAACUGAUGAUGUGGAAAGAGACGGGGGGAGUGGAAAAACUCUUCUCCUUACCUGCUCAGCCUUUGUGGAAUAACAGACUACUGAAGCUCUUUACACGCUGUCUUACACCACUAGUACCAGAAGAUCUUAGAAAAAGGAGGAAAGGAGGAGAGGCUGAUAAUUUGGAUGAAUUUCUCAAAGAAUUUGAAAAUCCAGAGGUUCCCAGAGAGGACCAGCAGCAGCAGCACCAGCAGCGUGAUGUUAUCGAUGAGCCCAUUUUGGAAGAGCCAAGCCGCCUCCAGGAGUCCGUGAUGGAGACCAGUAGGACCAACGUGGAUGAGUCAGCCAUGCCUCCACCACCUCCUCAGGGAGUCAAGCGAAAAGCAGGACAAAUUGAUCCAGAGCCUGUGAUCCCUCCCCAGCAGGUAGAGCAGGUGGAAAUGCCCCCUGUAGAGCUGCCCCCUGAGGAGCCUCCAAACAUCUGUCAGUUAAUUCCGGAGUUAGAACUUCUGCCAGAGAAAGAGAAGGAGAAAGAGAAGGAGAAAGAAGAUGAUGAAGAGGAGGAGGAUGAAGAUGCUUCCGGAGGUGAUCAGGAUCAAGAAGAAAGAAGAUGGAACAAAAGGACUCAGCAGAUGCUUCAUGGGCUUCAGCGAGCUCUUGCUAAAACUGGAGCUGAAUCCAUCAGUUUGCUUGAGUUAUGUCGAAACACAAACAGAAAGCAAGCUGCAGCGAAGUUCUACAGCUUCUUGGUUCUUAAAAAGCAGCAAGCUAUUGAGCUGACGCAGGAAGAACCAUACAGUGACAUCAUCGCAACCCCUGGACCAAGGUUCCACAUUAUUUGAGCAGCUAGAAGCAUUAUAGCUAGUGUGCAUUUCACUAGUGUAUACGAAUCGCCCCCAUGUGUAGGGCACACAAAACCCUUUGAGGAGAUUUAGAUUUUUGUCUGUACAAAGUCUCUGCCUUUUUCUUCCAUUUUUUUCCAGUAUUUUAUCAAUUUCAUCUUUGAGGGAAACUGCUUAUAUGGAUGUGUUUGUGUUCUGAUGGAGAAAACAGGCACACCCAAGGACCCGGAAGAUCAUUGUAACAGUUGAGAACAGAUGUGUGCAAUAUUGGCGCAGGUAAAUGUCGAGUAGCAGUUGAAAAUCAGGAUUUUUAUCAUAGUUCCCCAUCACCGCAUUGGAAAGGAAAACAUGUCAGGGAAGAAAGUCUGACAAUUAAGUGUGAGUCUUUGAGAGAAGUAAGUCGUCUCUUCCCAAUAGUAACACUGGCGGUCUUGUUAGCAGCUGUUUGGGGGGCGGUGCCCAAAACAGACUGUCCUCUGGAGGUACUAUUUUAAAGUGUCAUUCCGUAAUGACCAAGAGGGUGUGUGAAACUGUGCUGUCAACUAAACCCCUUCAGCUACAGAAUGAUAGGCCUCGGUUUAAAAUAUUCUUUGGUAAGUCAUUCCAUUUGAAACUUUUUAAUGAACCUGACUAUCCUAAAAUCUGUUGUUUUGUUUUAGGAGGCUCUAAAAUGAGCAGAAGUAGACUUUUUAGAGUAGAAUAUAAAAAUGUUUAUAACUUUUCAGAAGCUCUAAAUCAAAGUUUUAAAAAGAUGUUUGGAUAUAUUUGAGUACUUGGAUCAUGAAAAUGGAAAUUGCUAUGCCAACUAAAAGGACAGACUGAUGGGAAAUGAGACACCUGGUUGACUUAACCCUUAAGCAGACAAUGCUGUUAAUAACUAAUGGCUUCUCUGAUAUUUAUUAUAAGUUUUAGUACUGAUCUUUUCCCAGUGCUGCACACUCCUGUGUUUGAAACUUUAUUUUAAUGGCUUUGCAACAGCAAUCCUAUAUCCAGUUUCCUAUAAUUUAAGAAAAGCAUCCAAAUAAAGGCUUUAUUAUUAACAGACCAGGUAGCACCAGAAAUUAUGUGACUGUUAUGAUUAUCAGAACAUGUCUUAACUUUUUAGGGCAAAAUUACUCACACACUGAAAGUUCUAGCUUAAGUGUUGGCACUUUUGUGGGAAAAAAAAAAUCACUUUUGAAACUCAGACUUCAGUGUAUACCCAGUAAUUUUAAAUUAUGUGAAAUGUUUUAAAUUAGUGAACUCGUAAUUACUGUUUUGGUGAUUCAGUUUCUUGAGAAUGGUAAGUGUAUAAAAUUACUAUUGCAGCUUUAUUUUCAAUAUGUGCCUGUAAACCAUGGAUUUUUCUCCCUUUGUAAAAAGUUAUUUGUAGAUAAUUGAAUGUUUGAUUAUAGAAAGGUCAUUAGUUUCUUGUUAACACAUUUUGUUAGUCUGGUUUUGUUGCUUAUCGGGUUUAAUAUUGUUCUUGAAAAUAGUUGAUGCUAUGUUAUGUAUAACUUUUCUAAUAAAAGUUGUGGUAUAAGCUGUAAA